UUCCGAGGACGUGCGGGCCCCGGAAGCCGCUUGUACGUGGGGUAGACUCGUCGCAGCGGGGCCAGACGGCAACAGUGGCAGAGUAGGCUGGGGCGCGGGCCGAGGCAGCGGAGGUCAGUCGGGCUGAUGUUGGGACUGACCCGGUCCCCGCCAAGUGGGCGCGCCCGGAGCAGAUCCCGAGACACCGCCGCGCGGCGCGCUAGUCGUCGCCAUGAUCAUCCCUGUUCGGUGUUUUACCUGUGGGAAGAUCGUCGGCAACAAGUGGGAAGCCUACCUGGGACUGCUGCAGGCCGAGUACACCGAGGGGGACGCCCUGGACGCGCUGGGUCUGAAACGCUACUGCUGCCGCCGGAUGCUGCUCGCACACGUGGACCUGAUUGAAAAGCUCCUCAACUAUGCACCCCUGGAGAAGUGAGGCCUGGAGAAGACU